GCGUGGUAUUGGAGCAGAGCAGCAUGUAUCCAGCAUACAACAGCACGGGUAAUCUUACCCUUCGUGAGGCGUUUCAUCACUUCAUGACAAGGGUAGGAAAGAGGAACCUUAGUGACAACAUCCUUAACUUCAUGGACAGCGACUACUCAUACGACGAGUACUUAGUCAAUCUCCACAACCAAACAAGAGAAUACCUCGCCAGUCGCAGUCAACAGAUUGACGAUGAUAGAGAACUUCUCCGAAAACAUAUGUUUGGGAUAGCUGUCAUCAUAUGUGCAUUAACUGUUGUCUUCAACCUAGUUCUUCUUCUAAUCAUCCUGACCAGUCGAAGUCUUAGGUCGAAACCUUUCUUCUGGAAUAUCAUCAGUCUCGCCAUUUCGGACUUGGUGGUGGGUUUGUUUGUGCUUCCGGUUAGGUUAGAGUAUACGGAUGCGCUGACAUGGAAUCACGGCAUUGUUGUCUGUAAGGUUUGGUCUGUCAUGGAUAUAAGUCAUUUCAGCCUGUCGGCAAUGAUUCUGGUCAGUAUAUGCUCAGAGAGAAUUCUUGCUAAGGUGGAGACUAUAACCUCAAUCGGAACCGAGACCGUGAAGAUAUUGUCGAUCCUGGUGACCGUAUUCCCCUGGGCAUUCCUGCUGUUUAUUUGUCUACCAGUACUGAUCGUUGGAGAAGAAAGCAUCCGGUAUGAGACGAUGGUGCAUUAUGGUAGUUUCUGUAGCUACGUUCUAGAAUCGUCUUUCUUCAUCCCGUCGGUUACAGUUAUGUACAUCCUACCAUCAAGUGUGCUUAUCCUCCUCAUUAUUGCCAUGAUGUGUAUCUAUGUCAUCAAGAACACCGCCUGGGAACGCCUCAACACGAACACCACUGAAUCAGAGAGAAAGAGUUUGCGCAUGUCUACCAUUGCUUCAUUAUUGGCUGGUAUGGUUACCAUUAUAUUUUGGUUUCCAUACAUCGUGCUGCUAUUUAUAUACGUGACAUGUCGUGAUUACUCUUGUCUUCCUGGCCAAAGAACCUCAGUCGUAAUAUUUAUGGUAUCCACCAGCACGUCUGCGUUGACGCCUUUCCUGUGGCUUCUCGUUGUCGAAGUCAGGGAGACGCUUGCCUCUGAAAUGAACCCUAUCUUGCAUAAGGUACAUGCUACGUUAGGAUUCAGAAAACCCCCAGUUGAGCCGGAGCACAGUACGGAGCUACUUGUAAACAAUGACUUGUAAAUGCGAACACGAAAUGCACUAAACGGCCAUUGUCUGUACUGUUCUCUAGCGACGGGAGUAAUCAAUGCCGUAAAAGCGAUGCUGACAUGUUGCUGUGUUUUAAACGUUGUGACUUUGACGUGAAUAACUAUAAAAUCAAUGCAAUUAAUGAACGUGUGAUAGCAUAAAUGUGCAUAGGGAACAAAAAGCACUAAAGCCAGUGGAUAGAGUGAAUGUACUGAGGAGACAAAUAGAAUAAGUAAACGAGUGGAGAGAAAGAAUGUACGGAGGGGACAAGUAGACCAAACACACGGGUGGAGUAAGUGACUGGACGGAGGGGACAAGUAGACCAAACAGACGGGUAGAGUAAGGAAGGUACGAAGGGGACAAAUAGACCAAACAGACGGAUGGAUUAAGUGAAUGGACGGAGGGGACAAGGAGACCGAACACGGGUUGAGUAAGGAAUGUAUAGAGGGGACAAAUAGACCAAACACGAGUUGAGUAAGGAAUGUACGGAUGGGACAAAUAGACCAAACACACGGGUUGAGUAAGGAAUGUACGGAGGGGACAAAUAGACCAAACACGGGUUGAGUAAGGAAUGUACGGAGGGGACAAAUAGACCAAACAAGAGUUGAGUAAGGAAUGUACAGAGGGGACAAACCGACCAAACAGACGGGUGGAGUGAGUGAAUGGA